CGUGUUUCCACUGAUGGAAUCCCCAAAUCCUAGAAGAACGCCGGCGGGUAUCUCCUUCAGCCGCCGCCGAGCCGUGCACCCUCGAAGCGGUUCCAACUUUCUCCAUCCCGUUCUCAAGCCGGAUUCUUAGCGGCCUUUCGAUUUGGCGGCGGAGCAGUGAGUAGAGAGGAUGCAGCAGAAGUGAGGAGAGGGGGCAAUCGAGCGAGCAUCCUCAAAGCGAGGCCACAUGUGAGGAAGCCAUGGCGCCGUCCUAGUUUAUGUUGUCUUCCGGAGCCGCCGUCGUCGCCCCUCUCUGCUCCAGCAACGUUGUUUUAGGAGAGAGGGUCACUGGCGGCCGCCGGGGCGUGCCGUGGAUCAACACUAAAGGCGGAAUGGGGCGCGGGAGUAGCUGCCGGCGACUGGGGACAGAGGUGUACUGAAGCCUUCCUUCGAUUCGUUGUGUCCGAGUCCCGUAGUGCUUAGUUACUACAUAUUAUAAGGUUGCUUUGUUGCUCCUGAACCUUGGUUGAUUCAGUCUAUACUAUGGUCUUCCUCUCUUGAGUGCUACUACUUGUUUUUGAUUAAUUAGUGGUGGUUCGUAGCAAACAACAUGCAAACGUCCUUCUAUGUUGGUUGCGGUGGUAGAUGCACGACUCAUAGGAACAGAGAUUCUAGUCAUCGUAGUGGUAACUGUGGAAUUAGCUACUGUGAGUAUUUUUCUACAUGCUUUGGCAAGUGGUGUUUUUGGGCCACGGUUCUAAAGCCACGCAGAGAGGUGCUUACCUUCCCUCUGCUGUAGUGCUACCCCCAUUGCUACCGUGUUGAUUCAUUUGUAUAUUAUGCUAGUGGAUGCAAUCAAUCAAAUGAAAAGCAUUCACAUUUACCUGUCCCCGAAAGCAAUCGCUGAAAACCAUUUGCUUUCGACUUUCCCCAGUCCUCACAAGAAAGCAAGAAGCAAGCAAGUGCAUCUUGCUCAGACCAUUGCCUGCUCCACAUUGCGCUGCACUUGUGCGCCUCGUGUUCUUGCGAGUCCUUGGUGUUUCCAAUGGCGGCUGUGGUGGCCACCAUGGUGGUCGGACCACUGGUCAAAAUCGUGAUGGAGAAGGCAUCCAACUACCUCCUCGACAAGUACAAGGUGAUGAAGGGCAUGGAGAAGCAACAUGAGAUCCUGAAGCGCAAACUUCCUGCCAUCCUGGACGUCAUCACUGACGCUGAGCAGGCGGCAACCCACAGGGAAGGGGCAGCGGCCUGGCUUGAGGCCAUCAAGAAAGUGGCUUACCAGGCGAAUGAAGUCUUCGACGAGUUCAAAUACGAGGCGCUUCGUCGUCAAGCGCGAAAGAUGGGGCAGUACAAGGAGCUUGGCUUCGAUGUGGUAAAGCUCUUCCCCUCCCACAACCGUUUCAUAUUCAGGUGCAGGAUGGGUAAAAAGCUCCGCAAGAUUGUUCUGGCCAUUGAGGUCCUUGUGACUGAGAUGAAUGCAUUUGGCUUUAAAUAUGAGCAACAACCACUGGUAUGUAGGCAGUGGCGGCAGACGGAUCACGUUAUCUUUGAUCCAAAGGAAAUCAUCAAUAGAUCCAGAGCUAGAGAUAAUAAGAAUAUUGUUGAUAUACUAGUUGGUCAAGCUAACAAUCCAGCUCUCACAGUUGUUCCCAUCGUUGGAAUGGGGGGUCUGGGCAAGACUACGUUAGCACAACUUGUUUACAAUGAGUAUGAAAUUGAGACGCAUUUUGAUUUGCUGCUAUGGGUGUGUGUCUCUGAUGGCUUUGAUGUGGAUUCUCUGGCUACACGUAUAGUUGAAGCAGCCCCUGAGAAGAAAGAUGACAGUAAAAAAGCAGCUGUUGCUUCCAAGCAGAGACCACUUGAUACUCUUCAGAAUAUACUGAGCGGGAAAAGAUACCUCCUUGUAUUGGAUGAUGUAUGGGCACGAGAGGAUCGUAAAUGGGAACAGCUCAAGGCCAGCCUUGAACAUGGUGGCAUGGGUAGUGUGAUCUUGACAACAACUCGUGAUAAAAGAGUUGCAGAAAUAAUGGGUACUGUUAAAGCUUAUAAUCUCGGAGCUUUGGAAAGAGAGUACAUAAAGGAAAUUAUCGAGACAACAGCAUUUAGUCGUUUGAAGAAGGAAGAGAAAAGGUCCGCCAUGUUGGUGAAUAUCCUUGGUGAGAUUGGCGAGCGCUGUGCUGGCUCUCCUUUAGCUGCAAUAGCGCUGGGAUCCAUAUUGCGUAACAAAACCAGUGAAGAAGAAUGGAAAGCUGUAUCAAGGAGAAGCAACAUUUGCACCGUGGAGUCUGGAAUCUUACCAAUACUUAAGCUCAGUUAUAACGACCUGCCGCCGCAUAUGAAACAAUGCUUUGCGUUUUGUGCUAUAUUUCCCAAAGAUUACGAGAUUGAUGUGGACAAGCUGAUCCGACUAUGGAUUGCACAUGGCUUUAUUAUCCAAGAAGAGCAAGUGCGCCUUGAAACCAUUGGCAAACAGACUUUCAAUGAGCUGGCCUCAAGGUCAUUCUUUCAAGAUGUGAAACAAGUCCAAGCCACAGUCAGUGAAAUUGUAAGGGGCCGGGCGUGUUAUUCUAGAACUACAUGUAAAAUACAUGAUCUUAUGCAUGAUGUUGCACUGUCUGUAAUGGAAAUGGAAUGUGCCUUGGCAACUGAAGACCCAGGAAAUAUUGAUUCUAUUGUCGCAACUAUGGGACCAUGUCAGAGGGAGUGGCUUCCGAACUCUGCUCGGCAUCUAUUUUUGUCAUGCAAAGAGCCAGGGAGAAAAUUAAAUAUCUCUCUGGAGAACAUCUCUCCAGCGAUCCAAACACUUCUGUGUGAUAGCGGUAUGAUUAGUUCACUGCAUCAUCCAUCAAAAUACAGCUCUUUACAAGCAUUGCAGCUCUGUUCAGAGAAAAGGUCAUUUCCGCUGAAACUAAAGUAUCUACAUCACCUGAGGUACCUGGAUCUUUCUAAAAGUUAUAUCAGGGCACUUCCGAAAAAUAUGAUUAUUCUAUACAACCUGCAAACACUGAACCUCUCUGGGUGCGAAUUUCUUCGUGAACUUCCCAGGCAAAUGAAGUAUAUGACUGCCCUCCGUCACCUUUACACUCAUGGUUGUCGAAUGCUGAAAAGCAUGCCUAGGGACCUCGGAAAGCUCACAUCCCUACAGACACUUACAAGUUUUGUAGCAGGUAGUGGGUCUAAUUGCAGUGAUGUUGGAGAGCUUGGGCAUUUGAACCUUGGUGGUCAACUAGAGCUACACCAUCUACAGAAUGUGAUAGAAGAAGAUGCAAAAGCAGCAAACCUCGUGAUGAAGAAGGAACUAAGAGAACUAACAUUAAAAUGGGCCGAUUCUGAGCAAACUAGUUGUAGGGAUGAUGCAAGAGUGCUCGAGAAACUUGAACCUCAUGAUGGGCUGCAUGCUAUAAGUAUACACUCAUACGGAGCCACCACCUUUCCAGUCUGGAUGGCUAUGUUACAGAACAUUGUUGAGAUCCAUCUUUUUCAUUGUAAAAAGCUGCAAUGGUUGUUCACCUGUGACAGUGAUGCAUCUUUUGCAUUCCCAAAUCUGAAGGAUCUUACAUUACAAGAUCUUGUCUGUUUGGAGAGAUGUUUGGAAAGAAAUAAUGUAAUGCAAGGAGACAAGAUAAUUUUUCCUAGGCUUGAGAAGUUGUUUAUUCUUCGCUGUAAGAAGUUGACAGCACUCCCAGGACGUCCAACCUUCCCUAACCUCCAGCACGCUCUUAUUUUGGGAUGUCCAGAGUUGACAACUACAGCUAAAUCACCAAAGCUCGGCGUAUUAAACAUGGAAGGAAGUGAGGGAGAGUUGUUCCCAUGGGUAGCUAGACAUAUGACUUCAUUGACCAAUCUAGAACUUCAGAGCCUUGAUGACAGUACAGAAACAACCUCGGUUGCCGCUAAGCAUGGUUUGAGGGAAGUGCUGGAUGGCAGGGAAAAGUGGAAUGAUCAUGAUUUUCCCCUGGCAGUUUUGGUUCUAAAAAACUUCAAGUCGGGUGUGAAAGAGCUGUGUGCAUGUUUUGUACACCUUCAAGAUUUGUCAAUUUGGAGCUGCAGUGCGCUCGUCCACUGGCCAGAAAAAGAGUUUCAAGGAUUGGCUUCCUUGAGGAGGCUUCUGAUUCGCAAAUGCAAUAAUCUUACUGGAUAUGCACAAGCUUCUGUCGAGCCAUCAGCAUCAACAGAAACUAGCCAGCUCCUGCCGCGUCUAGAGUCUCUGGAGAUAUGGAGUUGUAAAAGCUUGGUUGAGGUCUUCAUCAUCCCUGCCUCUCUCAGGAGAAUGGAAAUUCAUUAUUGCAAAAAGCUUGUGUUCAGAUCCGGCAGGAGGCUGCAGCAGGGACAAUCAGCAUCACCGAUUUAUCAAGGGCCAUCUAGUGUACCCGAGGUUUCAUCCCCAUCAUCGCCUGGAGCCAACGUGGACCAUUUGGAAGAAUUAAUAUUAUCGGAAUGUGAUGGCUUAACAGGGGUCCUGCAUAUUCCUCCCUCCCUGAAGAAACUAGAAAUGAAGUGCUGCAAUGGGUUGACAUCUCUUCAAUCUAGCUUGGGAGAGCGCCCAUCAUUGGAGCACCUCUUGCUUUCUAGCUGCAAUACACUAUCAUCCCUACCGGAUGGGCCACAAGCAUAUUCAGGUCUCCAAUAUCUAUACAUUAUAGACUGCCCUGGUAUGAAGACGCUCCCUAUAAGCCUGCAGCAACAGCUGGGAAGCCUCCAGAGGGAGUACAUAGAUGCCCAUUAUUAUGGAAAACCUAUGUUGCUGAAGCCAACGACAUGGAAAUAUGUUUGCAAAGGUUGAUUGACUAUUUCCAAAGACUUGGAAGAAUUCUUCCAGCUCAUACAGACAGGGAAGAGAGAUCCCUUGGAAAACUUGCCAGGAUCCUAAAGGGGACUCCCACCGGAGUUCUUGCCAUGUUGAAUUGUGAGAUCAGCAAUUAGAAAGCGUUUCUAACACUACUGGGUCUUACUUUGCUAGCCGGGCUUGUUGCUGCGAGGAUGCUCGGCUUUCUCUUACACGCACUGGUUUCACCUAUGCGGCCAGCACCGCGCAAGUACCUGGACGAUGGUAAAUGUCACAGAUUAUUGACCAAGAUCAUGCCCUCAACGAUGUAAAUAAGAAAUGGAGAGGCAGACUAACGGAAGCUCUGUUCUUCAGCCUUUUGACCCCCGCCACCACCUUAGUAAUGUAUCUGUUCCCAAUAGCAGAGAAAUAAUAGGUAUAGAUGCUCUAUGUUCUUGUUGUGCCUUCAUGAAAAAUCAGGUUUUCCUGGCUGAAAAAAAGAUCUUGUUUUUUUGUCACCCGUCGCACGAAUUUUAACACCAGUGCAUAUAUGAAAUAAUACA